AUGAUUAGAAAUAGUCAAGUAAUUUAUGAAGGGGAGUAUUGUAAUGGAAACAAAGUUGGUAAGUGGAAUAUAUAUUUCAGAUUUAAAGGAAAUAAAUUAAUGUAAAUAUUUAGAAUAAAAUUGAUAGUGGUGGUGGAUCAUAUGAUAAUGAAGGUUUACAUAAAAUUGGGAGGUGGAUUGAAUUAAGUGAUUGUUAUGAACAGGAUAGAUAAGUCACAUAUCAUGGGGAAUAUCGAAAUGGCAAAAAAGUUGGAAGAUGGGAUAUUUAUUUCAAUAAGAUUAAUAAACAAUAUUUAAUGUAUAUAUUAAGAAACAAAUUAUAGUGGUGGCGGAUCAUAUGAUGAAGAUGGUUUAUAUAAAAUUGGGAUGUGGGUUGAGUGGAGUGAACAUGAUGGACAAAUCACAUAUAAUGGUGAAUAUCGAAAUGGUAAAAAAGUUGGAAGAUGGGAAAUUUUAUAAAAGGAGGAUAUCAAUUAAGGAUAUUCUACAAUGUAAAUAAUUUUAUGAAAAAGUAUCCUAUAGUGGUGGUGGAUCAUAUAAUGAAGUAGGGGAGGAAUUUAAGAUUGGCAAGUGGAUUGAUUUAGAUGAUAAUUUUGAGAAUUCUAAAUAAGUGACUUAUAAUGGAGAAUAUAAAAAUAGUAAAAAAGUUGGUAAAUGGGAUAUAAAAUACUAUAAUGAAUAAAUGUAAUAUCAUAAUAUAAAAAGUAUUUUAUAGAGGUGGUGGAUAAUAUGA